CAGCAACGUCUUUACUCUGGUUGCUUCUAUAUUUUUGAUAACAAAAUACGAGCUCUUUGGCCACUGAUAUUCACUGGAUGGUUUCACGCCGCUCAAGCGCUGCAAACUCUUAGCAUGAUUCUCUACGUCGGCCUUAUUGGUUGCGGACUGUCAAUGCUUUUUGGUGUAGUUGAUAAACGAAAAUCAAAAAGUGUGAUAAUAUCAGUUGUGUUGAUGGUCUUUAUUUGCUGGGUACUUAUAACACAGCUCGGGGUAGUGGGAAUAAAUAUUGAUCUCGAGAAAAAACAAGCAGAAAUUCGCGGAAUGGAUACAUGGCUGACUGAAACCAAGUCUUCAGCACUCUCGUGGUCUUAUGGUCUGGCUGCAUUUGCCCUUUUAUUCGUUCUCAUAGCUCUAAAUAUCCUCGUUUGGUGCGUAUAUCCGCGAAAGGUACCUGGAGGUCGUCUGCUUGAACAGGCCUGGCAUUGGCCUGCUAAUAACGAUCUUCCUUGUUGUCUUGCUGGAAGUACUCACAAUAGAUGGAUGGAUGCGCAGGAACUUUCGAAGUUCAAUAAACAGGAUUCUCACAUACAUCAGCAACAAACUUAUUCGCCAUUUUCACCUACUCCGAUGGAAUUAAUUACCUGCCAACCCAAUAACGUCGGGGCGAGUGAAGUGACAGAUAUCACCUCCUUCGAUGUCGCAACGUAUAACCCUCGUUCUUCUGAUUCCUUUAGUAACGAAGCUAGAGGUUUUUCGGCGCCACCAGCAGAGGCAAAAGAUAAUUUGAUUGAGUCUCUUAUGGAGAAGCAGCACACUGAAGGAAGACAUUCCUCACAGUCCCAGGAUCCUCGAACGACUGCGGAUCUCAAAUUUAGCCGAGUAUCGAGUCGCAUGUCAAGUAUCAGAUCGUCCACGAAUGAGGUAGAUACUCAAGCCCUUUUAUACUUUAUUGACAAGAAUUGCAUCGAAAUAUUAAUGUGCAUACGUUUUCAAUCUCAUUAA